AUGCGCGAUGUGAGCGUCAGCCUUGGCGGCGCAAGCCUGAAGGCACAGACGAGGCAGGACGUGCUGCGCGCUGCAGAGGAGCAGCGGGCUGCACGAAGCGACGCUCGGCUUAAGCAGCGUGCGGCCACGACAAUCCAGCGCGGAUGGCGGGGAGCCGUAGCUCGGAGGCGUAGCAGGGCAGCAUGGCUGUCAGAGUGGAUGCAGCGGUAUGCUGGGACCGCAGCGCCUGCACCUGGCGCGGGCCUGGUGCCUGCUGUGGAGGUGGAGCGCGCCGUGCAGCUGCUGCUGGCGGCGCUGCUGCCGGCGCCCGCAUCAGCCUCGCGUCUGACCCUGGAACGUGGCGGGACGCUACCCCUGCAGCAACAGCCCGAGCAGCGACGCGCAGCGGCGGCGCUAACCGCGCUGCUCACCCGCAGCCUGAGGUCAAUCGACCCGGCCACCAACUACUUGGGAGGUCCGGCUGCAGCUGACACCUCCCAACCGCUGCGGCUGGGCCUGCUGUGCUGCGCCGUCAUCGCGCCGGGCUGCGGCGGCCCCCCUGACCUGGUGCUAGAUGCAGCUGUGGCCCGGCUGCUGGAGCUGCUGCUCCUGCCAGGAGCGGGCGUGGGGGGCGGCAGCGCCGUUGUCGAUGCGGUGCGGCGGGACCUGAUGGCGGCUGUGGCAAAGCGACCAUGGCCGCUGCUGGCCGCAGCUAGAAGGGUUGCUGCGCGUAUGGCAGCGGCUGGCGAAGGGGACAGCGGCACUGGGGGAGCAGGCGCGGCCCAGGCGCUUCCAGCCAGUAUCAGCAACAGCGCUGGUGAGCAGCGGGCUGUGUCAGCAUCACUUGCAUAG